AUGUCGACUUCAACGUCGGCCUUCAUAGGCCAGCCACCAAAUACUGAGCGUGAUUAUUACAUCGUCCGCGGUUUCUUGCGUGGUGUCGGACUCGGCAAGGUCGAUCCAGCUUUGGGAUACACACGAGCGGCCAAGAAACCGUACGAUGACUACACCUAUACAUCCAAGACGCCGGGGAUUAUUACAGGCCUGAGCAUUGUAAUAAUAGCCAUUGUGCUCUCAACGGGUACGAGACUAUUCCUCAGAGCCUCCAUGUCGCAGAUGCGCUUCGGCGCUGAUGACUGGGCCACGAUUGCUGCUGCUGCUAUGGGUAUUACCUACACCGUGUGCCAAAUCAUCAUGGCUACUCGAGGUGGUGGCAAUCACAUCUGGGACGCUACAUACGAAGAUUACAAUGUUUUCAACUACUACGGAGUGAUCGACAAGCCGAUUUUCUACGUUACCGUCGGACUCGUCAAGGUUUCCCUUACACUCUUCAUUCGCAGAUUGGCAGAUCGAAGCUCUAUAUUCUGGAGGUGGUUUUGCGACUUCUUUCUCUUCACUCUCUUCGUCUAUAUUAGCGCGGCAAUCUUCUGGGAAAUCUUUACUUGCAACCCUGCUCAAAGUCAGUGGGAUAAACUUUACUCUGGACAACUGGAGACUGCAGCUACAUGUCUACCAACAGCCAUUCAGAGCAAGAUUCUAAACAUUACCCAUGUGGUACAGGGCACCAUUCUACUUUUAUCGCCGAUGGUAAUUCUCUGGACUGUACGUAUGGACCGCGGGAAGAAGAGGAGGCUUUUUAUCAUGUGGGGUGUUGGAUUGGUCGCUGUGGUCUGUGGCCUGCUAAGACAGCUGCGUGCCGACUUUACCACUGACAUUAUGUGGGACUACACGGAGCUCCUUAUCUGGACAGCGCUGGACGUCUGCGUCGGCAUCAUCACCAUCUCUCUUCCAGUGAUGGAUGCCUGGCUUGCGGGAGCUUGGCGCGGUGCCAUGACCAAACUAGGAAAGACAUACGGCCAUGGAAGUCGGGGCGGAGCUGCGGGCCAAAAGUACGGCCACAACACAACAGUGAAGAGUUCGGUCGCUGUGCAGACGCCCAGGAGGGACUACUCGGACUCCAUUGAAGAAAUCAUCCAGAAGAGCCAUGAAAACGACACUGAGCUUGCCACCAUUGUCAGGACUGAUGAGUACAACGUAUUUUACUCCGAGGCUGGACCAGACUCGGACAGUGAGGACCAUAGAGCCCCAGCAAAGGUCUACAGCAAGAGCAAGGUUAUUGGUGUUGCCCAUUGA